AUGCUGAGUCAUUCCCCACUCGAAUUUCGCACUUGGGCACUCAAGUUUCCGGCCGUUCGCUCUGUUGUGCAGCUCUCCUCCGUCGAACAGCUACAUCAGAUCGUCAAAAUGGCUCCUACCAGAAAGAAGUGGUCCAAGGGCAAGGUUAAGGACAAGGCCCAGCACGCCGUCGUCCUUGAGAAGCAGGUCGCCGAGCGCCUCAACAAGGAUGUCCAGUCCUACCGUCUGAUCACUGUUGCCACCCUGGUCGACCGUCUCAAGAUCAACGGCAGCUUGGCCCGCCAGUGCCUUGCUGACCUCGAGGAGAAGGGCCAGAUCAAGAAGGUUGUCAGCCACUCCAAGAUGACCGUCUACACCCGCGCCGUCACCGCCGAGUAAAUGUCUUGACGC